CGGAACCAUGACAAGGUCCUGCAGCGUCUGUGUGAGCACCUGGACCACGCCCUGCUGUACGGACUGCAAGACCUCUCCUCUGGCUACUGGGUGCUUGUGGUGCAUUUCACUCGGAGAGAGGCCAUCAAGCAGAUCGAGGUGCUGCAGCACGUGGCCACCAACCUGGGGCGCAGCCGUGCCUGGCUGUACCUGGCCCUCAACGAGAACUCCUUGGAGAGCUACCUGCGGUUGUUCCAGGAGAACCUGGGUCUGCUGCAUAAGUACUACGUCAAGAAUGCCCUGGUCUGCAGCCACGAUCACCUGACGCUCUUCCUGACCUUGGUGUCCGGGCUAGAGUUCAUUCGUUUCGAGCUGGACCUGGAUGCCCCUUACCUAGACCUGGCCCCCUACAUGCCCGACUACUACAAACCUCAGUAUCUGCUGGACUUCGAAGACCGCCUUCCCAGCUCGGUCCACGGCUCAGACAGUCUGUCCCUCAACUCCUUCAACUCCGUCACCUCCACCAACCUGGAGUGGGAUGACAGUGCGAUUGCCCCAUCUAGUGAGGAUGGAGACCUCACAGACACGGUCAGUGGCCCCCGCUCCACAGCCUCUGACCUGACCAACAGCAAGGCCUCCACCAGGAGCCCCACCCAGCGCCAGAACCCCUUCAACGAGGAGCCGGCAGAGACCGUGUCCUCCUCUGACACCACCCCCGUGCACACCACCUCUCAGGAGAAGGAGGAGGCCCAGGCCCUGGACCUGCCAGAUGCCUGCACGGAGCUCGAAGUCAUCAGAGUCACCAAGAAGAAGAAAAUUGGCAAGAAGAAAAAGAGCAGAUCAGAUGAGGAGGCAAGUCCACUCCACCCCGCCUGCAGCCAGAAGAAAUGUGCCAAGCAGGGGGACAGUGACAGCCGCAACGGCAGCCCAAGCCUUGGGCGGCACUCGCCAGACACUACGCUUGCCUCCCCCCAGGAGGAGGGAGAGGGGCCGAGCAGCACCACGGAGAGCAGCGAGCGCUCCGAGCCUGGCCUGCUGAUCCCCGAGAUGAAGGACACCUCCAUGGAGCGCCUGGGGCAGCCUCUGAGCAAGGUUAUCGACCAGCUCAAUGGGCAGCUGGACCCCAGCACCUGGUGCUCCCGUGCUGAGCCCCCAGACCAGUCCUUUCGGACCGGCUCUCCCGGGGAUGCCCCGGAGAGGCCGCCGCUUUGCGACUUUAGUGAGGGGCUUUCAGCCCCAAUGGACUUCUACCGCUUUACCGUCGAGAGUCCAAGCACUGUUACAUCAGGUGGCGGCCACCAUGACCCUGCAGGGCUUGGCCAACCGCUGCAUGUUCCUAGUAGCCCUGAGGCUGCUGGCCAAGAAGAAGAGGGAGGAGGAGGAGAGGGACAGACGCCUCGGCCCCUAGAGGAUACCACGAGGGAGGCUCAGGAGCUGGAGGCCCAGCUGUCUCUGGUCAGGGAGGGGCCUGUGUCUGAGCCAGAGCCUGGGACCCAGGAGGUUCUCUGCCAGCUCAAGCGAGACCAGCCCAGCCCGUGUCUGAGUAGCGCUGAGGAUUCUGGGGUGGAUGAGGGACAGGGGAGCCCUUCGGAGAUGGUCCAUUCCUCGGAGUUCAGAGUAGACAACAAUCACCUGCUCCUGCUAAUGAUCCACGUGUUCAGAGAAAACGAAGAGCAGCUGUUCAAAAUGAUCCGGAUGAGCACCGGGCACAUGGAGGGCAACCUGCAGCUGCUGUACGUGCUGCUCACAGACUGCUAUGUCUACCUGCUCCGGAAAGGGGCCACAGAGAAGCCAUACCUGGUGGAAGAGGCCGUUUCUUACAAUGAACUUGACUACGUGUCGGUUGGCCUUGACCAGCAGACGGUGAAGCUGGUGUGCACCAACCGCAGGAAGCAGUUUCUGCUGGACACGGCUGAUGUGGCGCUGGCUGAGUUCUUUUUGGCUUCUUUGAAGUCAGCCAUGAUCAAAGGCUGUCGAGAACCACCCUACCCCAGCAUCCUGACGGAUGCCACCAUGGAGAAGCUGGCACUGGCCAAAUUUGUGGCCCAAGAAUCGAAGUGUGAGGCAUCUGCUGUCACCGUGCGCUUCUACGGCCUUGUGCACUGGGAGGACCCCACAGAUGAGUCUCUGGGCCCUGCCCCCUGCCACUGCUCACCCCCCGAGGGCACCAUCACCAAAGAAGGCAUGCUGCACUACAAGGCGGGCACCUCCUACCUGGGCAAGGAACACUGGAAGACGUGCUUUGUGGUUCUCAGCAACGGGAUCCUCUACCAGUACCCGGACCGCACCGAUGUCAUCCCUCUGCUCUCAGUGAACAUGGGGGGGGAGCAGUGCGGUGGCUGCCGGAGAGCCAACACCACGGAUCGGCCCCACGCCUUCCAGGUCAUUCUCUCCGACCGGCCCUGCCUGGAGCUGAGUGCCGAGAGUGAGGCCGAGAUGGCCGAGUGGAUGCAGCACCUCUGCCAGGCUGUGUCCAAAGGGGUCAUCCCUCAGGGCGUAGCUCCCAGCCCCUGCAUCCCCUGCUGCCUGGUCCUCACCGAUGACCGCCUCUUCACGUGCCAUGAGGAUUGCCAGACCAGCUUCUUCCGCUCUCUGGGCACAGCCAAGCUGGGCGACAUCAGCGCUGUCUCCACUGAGCCGGGCAAGGAGUACUGUGUCUUGGAGUUCUCCCAGGACAGCCAGCAGCUCCUUCCGCCCUGGGUCAUCUACCUGAGCUGCACUUCUGAACUGGACCGAUUGCUGUCUGCACUGAACUCUGGGUGGAAAACCAUUUAUCAGGUGGACCUCCCCCACACGGCGAUCCAGGAAGCCUCCAACAAGAAGAAAUUCGAGGAUGCCUUGAGCCUCAUCCACAGCGCCUGGCAGCGGAGCGACAGUCUCUGCCGCGGCCGAGCCUCCCGAGACCCCUGGUGCUGAGGCAGAGCUGGUUGGCGUCCCUGGUGGGCAGGAAAGGAAGGCACGCCAACCGACAGGCACACUGUCACGGCUGUCGUCAUACUGUCGGGAGCCUAGAGCCCACCCCUGCCCCGGGCGGCAGAAAAAACCGAGUGUGGCUUAAGACAGGGUCCCUCCACUCCAGGGAUCCAGCUCAGGUGCCCGGCACCCCUGGGCAUCCUGCCUGACAGGUAGCGAACGGAGGUCGCCGGGGGCAGAGGGUCUGAGCCCUGUGGGCUCUGCGGAUGCACGCCCUCCUCCCGGGCCUCUGCCUCAGUCUGCAGAAUCUCUGCCGAGUGGCCCUGAGAACAGCAUCGAUCUAAGGAAGAACAAAAGAACCAGGAGGGCGGGAGCCCCCUCUUCCUCUCCUGGGUUGGGGGCUGGGGCCCUGAGUGCCCAGCCAUCCUUGUUCGUGUUUGAACACUCUCCUGGCCGCGUGGGGAAGCAGGAACAUGGGGUGUCUGCGCAUGCUUCCUCCCAGCUCCAUCGCCACACACACAGCUGCCUGCCUCGCCAGAUGCAGGGGGCGGGCAGCCCUCCCUGGCUGCCAGGAGGCUCUGCAUGCCCACGGUCCUGCCCUGCCUCUCCCUUCAACCUGGCAGUGCCUGUAGCACCAAGGAGCAAAAGGGGUGGAUGGGGUGCUUGGAGAAGGGCAGAGCCCACCAGCCUGGCAUCCAUGUUGACAUCUUCUGACUGUCCCCUGCUUGGCUGGAGCCAGGCCCUUCCCUAGAGUUUCGUCCAGAGCCUCCUGGGGAAGGGCUCAGGUGGUUUGGGUUGUGUUUUUUAAAAUAAAAUAGACAUGUUAUAUUGCC